CUAAAGAAACUUUCCAACUUUACAACCAACAUCUCCCAAACUAGAAAAAAUUCAUCCCUUGUGUGAUUUUUGGUUUUGACAUUUUUUUUUGGCCUUUUUGGGAUUGAUUUACAUUUCUCUUGAAAAUGAUGGGGACUAUGUCUAUUGGUUCUUCCAUCGUCGUUCUACGAAAAGGGGUUGUUAAUUUGGAGGGUAAUGACAAGAAUUACCCAUGGUUGUUUAAGAAGAAGAUUAAUUGUAUAAUGUGUUGUCAAAGUGAAGGAAAUGUGAUUAAGACUAAUGGGGUACCGUCCGUUUUGACCAAACGAGCUGUUUUGGUUAACGCGGAUCCUGGAACCGCUCUAUUGGAUACUGAAAACUUGGUUUUGGCACCAAAUGGGAAUGGGCAGGUUGAGAUGUGCAAUGGUAGUGCGACAAAGGAGUUGGUCUCAUAUAAUGGUGCACAAAAUGCUUCUGUCAUGGGUAUAAAUGCUCAGGGUAUCGGAAUUGUGAAUGUAUUAAAAGGAAAAGACUUUUUUGUUACUGGUGCUACCGGGUUCUUGGGCAAAGUGCUCAUAGAGAAGAUAUUGAGAACGGUACCGGAUGUAGGGAAGAUAUAUCUCUUAAUCAAGGCAAAGGACACAGAUGCAGCCAUGGAAAGAUUAAUAAGUGAAAUAAUAAAUACAGAACUUUUCAAGUCUCUCCAACAAGCUUAUGGGAAAUCCUAUCAGCCUUUCAUGUUAAGCAAACUGGUUCCUGUGAUCGGAAAUGUUUGUGAACCUAACCUUGGAUUAGAUGAGGAUACAGCAGAUGUGAUAGCACGAGAUGUUGACGUAAUUGUAAAUUCUGCAGCUAAUACCACAUUUGAUGAAAGAUAUGAUGUAGCUCUUGACAUUAAUACGGGAGGGCCUAGUCGCCUUAUGAACUUUGCAAAAAGGUGCAAGAAACUCAACCUCUUCCUGCAAGUUUCCACUGCAUAUGUUAACGGACAAAGACAAGGAAGAAUCAUGGAAAAGCCUUUUAAUAUAGGCGAGAGUAUAGCACGCGAGAGUCUUAUGUAUGGGAGUCACAUGCCAAGGUUGAAUGUAGAUGACGAAAUACAAAUGGUUUUGGAAUCAAAAAAAUCUUUUGGAGAAAAUGCAAUGGCUCAAAAGCUAAAAGAGCUAGGAUUAGAGAGGGCUAAACUAUACGGGUGGCAAGAUACGUAUGUUUUCACCAAGGCAAUGGGAGAAAUGAUAAUUGAUAAAAUGGGAGGAGACAUACCUGUGGUCAUAAUGCGGCCUAGUGUCAUUGAAAGCACUUACAAAGAACCUUUUCCAGGAUGGAUGGAAGGAAACAGGAUGAUGGAUCCGAUUGUACUUUACUACGGAAAGGGACAACUUAGUGGAUUUCUUGUUGACCCUAACGGUGUUCUUGAUGUAGUUCCAGCUGAUAUGGUAGUUAAUGCCAUCAUGGCAGCCAUGGCAAAACACCUGGCCGGUGGGAAAAACGAAGAGAACCACAUAUAUCAGAUAGCUUCAUCAGUAGUGAACCCGUUGGUUUUUAAGGAUUUGGCAAGGCUGCUCUAUGAACACUUCAAUACUUCACCAUGUUUGGAUUUAAAAGGGAGGCCAGUUCAUGUACCUAUCAUGCAACUUUAUCGGUCCAUGGAAGAAUUCUCUGCUCAUAUAUGGAAAGAUGCAGUUAAUAGAAGUGGAUUAAAUAAUUCGAGUUCUACAAACAAAGGGAAGUAUUCACUUAAACUGGAAAAUAUUUGCAAGAAAUCAGUGGAGCAAGCAAAGUAUUUGGCCAAUAUAUAUGAACCAUACACAUUUUAUGGUGGAAGGUUUGAUAACAGUAACACCCAAAAACUAAUGGGAAUGAUGUCUGAAGAAGAAAAAAGAACAUUCGGAUUUGACGUGGGCAAAAUAGACUGGAGAGAUUACAUCUCCAAUGUUCACAUUCCAGGGCUAAGGAGGCAUGUAAUGAAAGGAAGAGGAAUGUGCACCCAAAAGUAACUAUACCAAAAAAUUAAUCAAGAGUAUCCUUUAUGCAUAUUACUAUAAAUAGAAAGCUUAUUGUAAUAAAUUAUUGUGAUUUCUCUCUUUUAUUUUCUUUUGAGUUUGAAUUAAAUGGGACCAAAACCCUUUUACUGAUGUAGUUCAUUUGAUUGGAUGUUAAAGUUAAUGAAAUGGUAUGUUGUAACUGAUACUGUAUUUUAAGAUUCCAAUAUUUGUUAUCUGUUAUCAAAUA